CCACUGCAGGUGUAUGAACAGCACUGCUUCUGCAGCAAAAGCCUAGACUCAUCACACCUUGGGAAGAGAAUGGCCACUACCUGGGGGGCAGCCUUUUUCAUGCUGGUGGCCUCCUGUGUUUGUGGCACUGUCUUCCACAGAGACCAGCAGACUUGGUUUGAGGGUGUCUUCCUGUCUUCCAUGUGCCCCAUCAAUGUCAGUGCCAGCACAUUGUAUGGAAUUAUGUUCGAUGCAGGGAGCACUGGAACACGAAUUCAUGUUUACACCUUUGUGCAGAAAAUACCGGGACAGCUUCCAAUUCUGGAAGGGGAAAUUUUUGAAUCUGUGAAGCCAGGACUUUCUGCUUUUGUAGAUCAACCUAAGCAGGGUGCUGAGACUGUUCAAGGACUCUUAGAGGUGGCAAAAGACUCAAUCCCCCGAAGUCACUGGAAGAGAACCCCAGUGGUCCUGAAGGCAACAGCGGGACUGCGCUUACUGCCAGAACAGAAAGCCCAGGCUCUGCUCUUUGAGGUGAGAGAAAUCUUCAAGAAAUCACCUUUCCUGGUACCAGAUGACAGUGUUAGCAUCAUGGACGGAUCCUAUGAAGGCAUCUUAGCUUGGGUUACUGUGAAUUUUCUGACAGGUCAGCUGCAUGGCCACAGCCAGGAGACUGUGGGGACCCUGGACCUGGGGGGGGCCUCCACCCAAAUUACGUUCCUACCCCAGUUUGAGAAAACCCUGGAACAAACACCUCAGGGCUACCUCACUUCAUUUGAGAUGUUUAACAGCACUUACAAGCUCUAUACACAUAGUUACUUGGGAUUUGGAUUGAAAGCUGCAAGACUAGCAACCCUGGGAGCCCUGGAAACAGAAGGGAUUGAUGGACACACUUUCCGAAGUGCCUGUCUACCGAGAUGGUUGGAAGCGGAGUGGAUCUUUGGGGGUGUGAAAUACCAGUAUGGUGGCAACAAAGAAGGAGAGAUGGGCUUUGAGCCCUGCUACGCUGAAGUGCUGAGGGUGGUCCAAGGAAAACUUCACCAGCCAGAGGAGGUCCAGAAGAGCUCCUUCUACGCUUUCUCGUACUAUUAUGAUCGUGCUGUUGACACGGACAUGAUUGAUUAUGAAACAGGGGGUGUUUUAAAAGUUGAAGAUUUUGAAAGAAAAGCAAGGGAAGUGUGUGAUAACUUGGAAAACUUCACCUCAGGCAGUCCUUUCCUGUGCAUGGAUCUCAGUUACAUCACAGCCCUGUUGAAGGACGGCUUUGGCUUUGCAGACAGUACCAUCUUACAGCUCUCAAAGAAAGUGAACAACAUAGAGACAGGCUGGGCCUUGGGGGCCACCUUUCACCUGCUGCAGUCUCUGGGCAUCUCCCACUGAGGCCAGGCCCUCCUUCUGAGGACUGCAUUCUCCAACAACCUUUUGAAAAGUAGAAGGAGAAAGGACUCAGUCAUGUUCUGAGCUAGUCUGAGGAUAGCCUGGACUGAAGCCCAGCAGCUGGAUUCGUCAGGUAGAAGGGGCUUUUGGACACAGGUCUUGCCCUUGAGUCUAGCGAUUUGGGUCUAAUUAAUUUUAUACAUCUAAUGUCACCUGUUGACCUAACUCACCUGCUUGCACAGCUGGCACCAGAGUCUAAAUCUUUGAGAUUCUUCGAAUGUCACAGAGCCCAAAGGAAUAGCUUUGGAACCUAACCUUGGAGAGCCCAGGGACAGGUCCCUGGGAACCAAAGAAAAAUCUCAUUUCAAUCCUUUGAGUGCCUCAUUCCUUUGAACAUACUAAUUUUCCUUUUACAUGUUAAACUAAGCCUACUGAUUGCAAUCCUGUGAGCUAUCAACACCAGUAUUUUUCUCCUCCCUACACAUUGCCAUGUCCCACCCUUACUUCCACCCACCUCCCCUAAAAAAGAGAAAGAAAAAAAUGCCUGGUUUUGCUUUUUUCAUGUGUAACUCAAGGGGGAAAAAAGGGUAACGUAUCUGCAAUUAUGUGAUCCUGCUUCGUGCCAGUUCCAGUCAGCCAGCUGAGAGCCAUCCUAAAUCUUGGCAAGAUGGAGAGCAGCUCCUAGCUGUGCAGAACCCAGCUUAAAAAUGGAGGACAGCCAGUCUCUAGGGACAAAGUUUGGGAGGGUGUGGCUCCCUUGAAUAGACCACCUUCUUUAAUCAACUUUUAAUCAGACAACCCUGGGAUUAACUAACAUACCCAACUUUAUAGGAGUGUGUGUGUGUUCAGUGCCUGUACCUCCUCCCAGGCUAAUGUGUUUAAUUUCUCAUCCUAAACAUGUUUUCUUUGUAUUUCUAAGAAAUACAUCUACCCUGGCCUCUAGAUUUUGGUCACAGCUCCUUUCAGUUUGCCCUUUUAUUCUGUUUUAUUUUUUUAGUGGUAUCUUUUCUUGCCCUGGCCGUGACCAUUUUAGCUAACUUCCUCUAAAUUAUUUGCCUAGUUCCACAGCUUCUGAGAUCCUUCUUGGUGGUACCUAACAUUUGAUUUGGUUGGGUAUUUGGGCCCACAUCAGUACAGUGGAUUCUCUUUCUGAGUUUGAGUGCUCAGAGCUCUUGGUUUUUGUGAAUUAUUUCCCCUAAAAGUCAUUAUCUUGUAUUUUUUCUUAAGAUUUUAUUUAUUUGACAGAGACAAAGUGAGAGAAGGAACACAAGCAGGGGGAGUAGGAGAGGGAGAAGCAGGAUUCCUGAUGAGCAGGGAGCCCGAUGCGGGGCUCGAUCCCAGGACCCUGAGAUCAUGACCUGAGCCGAAGGCAGAUGCUGAAUGAGCCACCCAGGUGCCCCAUUGUCUUGUUUUUUUUUUUUUUUUUUUUUACAUGACCAUUAUCUGCUGCUUGUCUACCCACUCGAGUGCUGUUGAACUUGAAAGAUCUUUCUAUACUCUGGCUCUUGCCAUGGCUCCUUGCCUCCAGCUUCUUCCCAACACAGUUUAUAGCUCCCCAAACUUGUAUCCUUCACAGUAGAUUCUUUCAGAUCCUUCAAAAAAGAUGCUAAUAUACCUGGCACUCACAUUGGUUCCUGGGGAACCUUAUUAUUUUUUUUAAUUUUAUUUAUUUGACAGAGAGCACAAGUAGGCAGAGUAGCAGGGAGAGGGAGAAGCAGACUCCCCGCUGAGCAGGGAGCCUGACAUGUGGCUCAAUCCCAGGACCCCCGGAUCAUGACCUGAGUCGGAGGCAGCUGCUUAACGACUGAGCCACCCAGGUGCCCUGUGGGGAACCUUAUUUUGUAGUCAUUCCAUUGAGUCAGUAUUUGACAUCUGGUAUGUGCAAGUAACUAGGCAAAUUUCCAUAUCCCCAUCCCCCCAAUUUUUUUUUUUAAAGAUUUUAUUUAUUUGAGAGAGAGAGACAGCGAGAGAGGGAACACAGGCAGGGGGAGUGAGAGAGGGAGAAGCAGGCUUCCAACUGAGCAGGGAGCCCAAUGCAGUGCUCAAUCCCAGGACCCCGGGAUCAUGAUCUGAGCCGAAGGCAGACGUUUAACAACUGAGCCACCCAGGUGCCCCUAAGUUGUUUUUUAACAUAAUGUGGAAUUUCUUCGGAUUCCUCUGACUUUUACUAUACUGAGGUCACCUUUAUACCUGUUGUCUUUCUCAAAAGGUGCUACAUAAUGAAAUAAUAGACUCUUUAAGAUUGGGAACAGCCAAAGAUCAAACCCAGUCUUCUGCCCAUUGUAGAAUUCCCUUAACAUGUCUAACAGGUUAUCAUUCAGCUUCUGUUUAGGCAUGUGAUCAGACAGCUCACCCCAUUUUUGGACUGCACUGUUGUUAAAAAAAAAAAAAAUCCCCUUUGUACUGAGCUGAAAUUAGCUAUCUUCUCAGUGGCCUUAGUUCUGCUCUAAUCCCUCCUUCCACAGCCUUUCAAUCUUUUGAGAAAAGUCCUUCAUGGUCUCUUCUUUAACCUACCAUAUGGUUUCUAGACCCAUCUUUGUCCAAAAAAGUAGGGUGUUAGAACCAUUCAUCAUAUACUAUAUGUUCCAUAUGAUUAGGGAGAGAGACCAUUUCCUCUAGUAGAAACCAACUUGUUUUCCCAAGAGGUAAGCUGUGUUCACUGGACUUGUCUAGCUUGAUGGGACCAUUCCAUGGUCUUUACCAGCACAUCUUGUUUCUGAAGCUUAUAAACAGGGGUCAGGUAUUGUUCAGCCAACUCCUUUGAGCAUCCUGGAUACCUUCAGAAAUCUUGGGUAGAUGCAGUAUAAUUCCAGAAGUGUAUCUACAUAUAUUCUGAUUAUCUUGAUGAGAACAUCUAGAGAAUUAAUUUAUCCAUUUUAGGAGCAAUCUGGAAUGAGAAUUUUUUUUCUUAGAAAAAACAAUUUUUCUAUAAUUGUCCUUGCUGCCCCUUAGUGUACCUUUUGGGCCUCUUAUUAAGGGGUCCUACAGAAUCCAGUAUUGCUGGUUGUUUCCUUUCUGUAAAUGUGUUUAUAAUACUUCUAAUACUAAGGACAUGGCCUGGCACAGAGUGGAUGUUCUGUGUUUGUUACCAUCACCAUCAUAUGAAGAACAUCCUCCAUGGGUUGUGGAGGUCCUUGCAAGGUGUGCCUUAAAAUUCUUCCUUUCUUGCCUGAUUUGGUUUGCAUACUUGUGGAGUCCAUGUUCUCCCUACCUGGGUGGGCUACCUUUCCAUUUUUUGUUAAAGAUGACCUUUUUUCCAACAGGGACCUUUCUGGACUCUGCCUAUACGCACACGGCUUUUCACAGUAACUGUCCUGUUCCAUUCUGGGUACAUUUUUCCUGAGAUCCCAGGAAGGUUCGUGACUGUCACUUUUUAGUAUCUUAAAAAUGUUCUGCAUUUGCCUGUAAAGCUCCCCUUGUGGUAACAAAUUUCUCAUUCCUUCAAAAAUUAUUCUAAGAGUAGCUUAGUUUGGUUCAAAAGCACAGUUUCUUCUCAUUCUUCUUCAAAUCAGCAAGAUAUUUUCUACAGUGUACAAAUCCAGUGGAUGCACAAAUCUCUUUAAAAGGAUUCUCUGGUACUAUGAAGUUUUUCAAAAUCAAGACACCCCUUCCCCUGCAAGUCAGCCGCCAGUCUGCAACCAAACAUGAACAGAUUCUGCUGCUAAUUGAAUUUCCUUUUUGAUCUGGUUCCUUUUGUCAGACCUGUGCAAUUUAUUUAUUGUUUUAUAACUGAACAGACAAUGGUGUCCCAGAGAGAAACCAUAAAUAAAAUUGAAAUCUGGUGCUGUGAUAAGGAAAUAAUAUUAAGAUUUUUUUCUUUCCAGAAAGUCCGGUGUGCACCUUUAACAAAGGUUAAAGUAAUUUGUUUCAUUUGCAUUGCGUUAGGAAUUUUAAAAUAGCAAUUCUAACAAAAAUGUAUGAAUUGGGUAUUUUUAAUUUUUAUCAUUAGAAACCAAUUGUGUAAAUUUAUGACCAGCAUUAAAAAGAAUGACAUAAAUCUUUCGUAUUAUAUAAGUUUCUGGUGUACAGCUUUAUAAUUUAACAUCUGUAUACACUACAAAGUGACCACCACCACAGAUCUAGACACCAUACAAUUGACAUCCUCCUCCUCUGGUAAC